UUCUCAAUAGCCUCCUCGAAGGAAGCGCAGGUUUUGAAUUUGCUGCAGCUCGGAAGUGUCCGUCACGUCGUUUGCUGGAGGGUCACUGCAAGUAUUACAAAAUCCAAGAAUGACAACUACAACGACGACCAGCACGUUGGCGUCACUUUUCACGUCGACGACGACGACGUCCGCUGGUCAACUGACGGCUCCUGCAACGACCAGCACGGCGACGUCGUCUCUUGCCAAAACGACCGCGGAAGCGUCUAAGACGUUGACUCUGACUCCUGCCACGAGCUCCUCUGCCCCGGGACUGUCCAUCGGCCAGAAAAAGGAAGAGACCAAGUCGAUGACCAUGUCCCAACUGGACAAUUUCCUGAACAUCUGGGCUGUUGAGGUGCGCGACACCGAGGCCACGUUCCACGAGCAAGUCGCCGAGAUCAACAACUGGGACAAGAAACUCACGGAGAACGGCACCAAGCUCAUCGAGCUCAACAAGAACAUGGAAAACCUGAAAGAGUCGCAGGCGAACAUCAACUACGACCUCGAUUUCGUCGCUUGCCACUUGACCGAGCUCAACGACUACCUCACAGACUUAGAGAAGAAGUCGGAUGAGAAUAAAACCUUCUGCCCUUCAGGCAAGAUCGACCAGCAGAGGCGACAGUUGUACGACCAUAUAUCCAACCUCGACGUCGAGAUAAAGCGUGUGCACGAAGAGCUUAAUGAGCUCAUUGAAAGCAUGAAUCAAGCCUCGAAUAUGACAGAGGUCCUCAACCCUGUCACUCAGAUUGGAAGCAUUCUUAACUCCCACAUCGCCUCUUUGCAACUCGUCGAUAAAACCAUCGAGAAAACCCAAAAUUAUCUUUCUGAAUUGACUACCCUUAAAGAAUCAACAAAUUUAACAAACCGUUAACAUUUUAUACUGUAAUUUCUUAAAAUUUUGUAAAUAUAUGCUAUUGUU